UCAUCCCUAUGACAGCCACUCAUGGGUGCUUCCUAGCUCACUGCCCAACAAUGUGGCUCCGCGAAGGGGACGGUCGCUGCUGCUGUUAAGAUUAACUAACAUACGUAAUUAGAGGAAAUCUCUGCCUGUAUUAACUGUCGAUGGAUGCUAUUUCGGCGGUCUCAUUUUGCUGCCCGUGAGACCCCCUCCGAUGUAUGCCACGUUGCCUCCACAAUCUCAAAGCAGGAAUCACAUCUGCCAUCAGUUUCUCUUCCCAACUAUCGAUUCCUGCCGUACCCUGUAUGCACGACCAAGUUAGAGUUCGCUUGUCCUCAUCGGCUUUGGCACCCACACGGCAUCACGCUAUCGAGACAUCUCAUCCAUGACCGUGCUGAACGGCAUCGUUGCCGGCGGCCAGUCUGGAUUGCUCGACCACGGCGGCAGUCUGGAUUGCUCGACCACGGCGGCUGCUCGCCAUGUUGCUGGCCGGGCGGAACACGUCCUUGCGGCCAGCGGGGCCAACUCCUCGUCGGCCAACGGAUCAGAUAGCUCAUUCAUGGUGGCUGGGGCUGUACGCCAUGCUGUUGCCCCAACGGACAUCACGUUCCCUGCAGGCGUGCAUCAAGGCGUCAUGGGGGACGGCCGGACCGAGUACGUGUUGGUGGCGGCCGUGCGGCAAGGUGUGGAGGACAAGCAGACGAAGUCCACGGCGGCGGCGGCUGUACGAGACUGCACCCAUACGACCACAUCCAUCAGAGGAGAGGACGAUGCCGGGUUUCAAUGGCUGGAAGGACAGAAAGUGUUGCACCCUUUAUCGAGGAACAGCGCAGUGUAUGAGUCGAGCCGUGAGCCUAUGACACCAAGCAAAAAGAAUGAUAAAGGAGAAGAAAACUGUUUGAUUGAGAAGGAUAAUCCGAAUGCAUCUUCAAAUAAAAUUGUGUCAAAGGAAGGAAUGUGUUUUCAUUCUGAAGAUGAGGCAUACGAGUUCUAUAAUGCAUAUGCAAAAAAGAAAGGAUUCAGUGUUAGGUGGACACACAAAAAAAAGAGAGAGCAGACGAUACCUUAUCUGCUAGGUAUUUAGUUUGCAGUAAGGAAGGAGUGAAAGAAAAACAUAGCACACAUGAGACGAGGAAAGAACAAGCUUCUACGAGGACAGCUUGCAAAGCUCGUGUCCAGUUCCAUAUUACUUCGGCGGGUGUUUGGAUGAUUCAGAAGGCUGUCAUUGAGCACAAUCAUCAUAUGGUAUCUCCGGACAAGGCACACAUGUUAAGAUCACAACGACAGCUACUAGAUGUCAAUAAACAAAUGAUCAACGACAUGCGGUCAGCAGGAAUACGACCAUAAAAAAUAUACAAUUAUUUUGAAGAAUGGUGUGCAGCAGUAAAUGUGCCUUUCUUGAAGAUGGAUUCCAAUAACUACAUAACAAGACAACGUAGAAAGUAUUUGGAAACCAAAGAUGCCCAAACUCUCGUGAAGUAUUUAAAGAACAAACACGCUAAAGAUCCAUCAUUUUUCUAUGCUCUUCAACUUAAUAAAGAGGAUGGUGCAAUAGCAAAUUUCUUCUGGGCUGAUGGACAAUCAAUAAUGGAUUAUUCAU